AGACUUCUUUUGAAGCUGGGUGAAGCUCAGAGGAAACUUCUCCUGCAGCUUGGCUUCUCACUCACUCUCUUAUUUUGGAAUUUAUUCCGAUUUCUGCUUUACUUAGUACGAAAUGUUUGAUUGUUAACCUUAAACAUAAAUCAGCACUCGAAAAGUUCUUCAGAUUUCCUGAUCUUGGGUGGGAAGGAGAAUGAGGAUGAUGAGGCUAUCGAUCCUCCUGUUGUUUGUGGUCAUUCACACACAGGUCCAGAUUUCAGCCAGCCAGACUCCCUGCGGAAAAACAACUGAAUGCCCAAUCGACUUAUACUUUGUCAUCGACACAUCUGAGACAAUAGCUCUGCAGGAGAACCCACCUGGCAGCUUGGUAGAGAGCAUCAAACAGUUCACCGAAGCUUUUGCCAGCAAACUAGAAGAUGUUAAAUACAAAGGUUCAGUUCAGAUCAGCUGGUCUGUAGGAGGCCUUCACUUCUCCCAGCGGCAGGAGAUCAUCAGUGCAAUCACCAGUAAAGAUAGAUUCAUCAGUGAUCUCAGAAGAAUAAAAUACUUGGGCAAGGGCACGUACAUUGACUGCGCCAUCACCAACAUGACCCACCAGCUGGUCCACUCACCAUCCAAACCCAAUGCCAAACGCUUUGCGGUGGUAAUCACCGAUGGUCAUGUGACAGGAAACCCAUGUGGUGGGAUCAAAGUGGCGGCGGAACGAGCACGUGAUGAGUUCAUUAAGAUCUUCUCUGUUGCAUCAUCCAGGAACCUAGAGGAGGCGGGACUUAGGGAGAUUGCUAACUCACCUGCUGGUGUUUAUCGUAAUCACUACAUGGCGGUUGAUCUCACGGGAGUGCGGCCACUCAUAGUGCAAUCAACAAUUGAUCGCAUUUAUGACAUAAUGCUUCAUCUGGCUUAUCAAGAGUGCUACUCUACGAAAUGUCUAGAGACUCCAGGACCUCCGGGUCCAUCGGGACACAGGGGACAGAAAGGAGCUAAAGGAGAUAAUGGCGACCCCGGUCUUAAAGGUCAAAGAGGACGUCCUGGAGAUCCGGGUAUUGAGGGACCCAUUGGACAUCCUGGACCUAAAGGAGAGACUGGUCUUAAAGGUGAAAAGGGAGAAAUGGGAGCACAAGGGAAAAAGGGUGUUGCUGGAGCAUCGGGAAGAAAUGGAACAGAUGGGCAGAAGGGAAAAAUUGGCAGGAUAGGCGCUCCUGGCUGCAAAGGUGACCCCGGCGACAAGGGUCCUAAUGGCUAUCCUGGAAGUGUUGGAGAACCUGGUCUUCGAGGGGUUCCGGGAGAAAAGGGCGAUCCAGGUCGUCCAGGAAGAUCAGGUCCUCUUGGGAUAGCUGGAGAUCCUGGACCCAAAGGAGAGAAAGGAAGUCCCGGAUCACCUGGAAUUCCUGGCCAGAAAGGAUCUGCUGGUACAGCUGGAGGACCUGGACCUAAAGGCGACCCUGGAAGACGAGGAGAUUUUGGGCCUAAAGGCAGCACUGGAAGCAAUGGGGCAAAAGGAGAAAAGGGUGAACCAGGUUCUGAGGGACCCAGGGGUCUUUCGGGCGAAGAUGGCAACAAAGGAUCCAAGGGUGAUAAUGGACUUCCAGGACCAAGAGGACCACCUGGAGCUUCUGGAGAACCAGGCAGAAAUGGUUCCCAAGGUGAUGCAGGCGAUUCUGGCCCUAGAGGUGAUCCUGGCCCUCUAGGACCAAAGGGUGAUUCUGGCAGACCUGGAUUCAGCUAUCCUGGACCAAGGGGACCUACGGGUGACAGGGGUGAUAAAGGUUCACUUGGUCCAAGGGGAAGUAGAGGAGACUGCGGACCAAAGGGUGACCCAGGUCUAAAGGGAACUCCUGGAGAGCCGGGAGAGCCCGGGCCUUCAGGAGAACCUGGACAAAGGGGGACUAUAGGAGACCCAGGAAGAAAUGGUGACCCUGGACCAGAGGGAGACCCUGGCCUUACUGAAUGUGAUGUCAUGAACUACAUCAGAGAGACCUGUGGAUGCUGCGACUGUGAAAAGAGAUGUGGUGCCCUGGAUAUUGUGUUUGUGAUUGACAGCUCUGAAAGUGUGGGGUUGACCAACUUCACCCUUGAGAAGAACUUUGUGAUCAACACCAUCAACAGACUGGGCUCAAUAGCAAAAGAUCCCAGUUCUGAAACAGGCACUCGAGUCGGGGUUGUCCAGUACAGUCACAAUGGAACAUUCCAGGCCAUUCGCCUCAACGACUCCAAGAUCGACUCGAUGUCCGCCUUCAAAGACGCAGUGAAGAAGCUUGAAUGGAUCGCUGGAGGAACGUGGACGCCUUCUGCCCUGAAGUUCGCCUAUGAUAACCUGAUUCGUGAUAGCCGACGUGCGAAGGCUAAUGUGACAGUGGUUGUGAUCACAGACGGCCGGUACGACCCUCGGGAUGACGACAAACUGCUCAAUUACCUCUGCACAGACACCAGCAUUGACGUGAAUGCCAUUGGUAUUGGUGACAUGUUUGACCAGCCAGAGGAGAACGAAAGCCUCAAGUCCAUUGCUUGCAGAAAAGAUGGAAGAGUCAUGGGAAUGAGGCGUUUCGCUGAUCUGGUUGCAGAGGAUUUCAUCGAUAGGAUUGAGACUGUUCUCUGCCCAGAUCCAGUGAUCGUUUGCCCUGAUCUUCCAUGUAAAAGUGAUGACGCCCUUGCAGAGGAGUGGAAGGACAGUCCCAUCCCAACCACUGUACAAAGCCUCCCAAACUUAUUCAACAAUCUACAAGAGGCCAAACACCCUGAUACCUACACCAAGGCUGUAGCUACAUUGGCUUAUUCAGCCCAGAUGGCUAAACUGUCCUCUGAACCUGACAAACAGAGAUGGACCGAUCUGUUCAUUGACUCGUUUAGAGUGAUCUAUUCCGAUAUGAUGGGAGACCCAAACAAAGCUCUUGGCUUGUGUUAGAAAGCAUGAUUGGGCAUUUCCAAAAAAAUUUAAACUGAUAGCUUGACUAAAACAGUAAACUUGGCCUCACUGUAGAGUUGUUAAGUAAAAAGCUAGCUGGUCUAUGCAUGAGUAUGGUAUUUGCAUUAACAAUAGUCGAAUGCCAUUGCUAAUACCUCCCUUAAAGAUGUAACAUUUAAUUAGCAAGAAAUAGCAUGUAAUAUAGUUAACAUCACGGCCAGUUAUCAGCCACUUAAUUUGUUUGCUAGCCUUUGCUAAAAGCAGUUCCCUGCUACAAAAAUGUGAAAUGCCAACCUUUGCCUCUUGACCCAAUGCCUGCUUCUCUGUAAUCAUUUUUUAUUUUAUUUUUUUUGCAUCCAGAUAUGCGAAAUGAACACAUUUUGAUUAGAUGAACAGAUUUUUUGAAACUUUGCUUGCAUAGCAUGCUCUCAUUACCUUAUCCUGUUUUGCUUGAUUCCUCAGGGCUUCUAGGAUUUUAAGGAAUUUUUUAUCUUUUAUAAAUGCUUCGGUGUUGUGAAUAGACCAAAGAAGGGUUAGUUUAAAUUAAAAAUGUCAAUUCUGUCAUCAUUUACUUGCAUUGUACAAACCUGUAUGACUUUCUUUCUUCAAUGGAACACAAAAGGAAAUGUUGAUCUUUUCCUGAAAAGUGACCAGGGGUUGUCAAACUCCAGAAAGGAAAUAAAAACUCCAUAAACAUGUUUUAAAGUUGUACAUCGAAAAUCUGAAAUUCAUACAGGUUUUCAGUUGAUGAUGACUGAAUUGUAUUUUAUUUUUAUUUUUUUUGCUUGAUCUAUUUCUUUAAACUAAAGCAUCUGUAAAUGAAUGAACAAUUAGUUUUGAGACUAUAUUCAUAUCAGUUUUGCAUUUUGCACAUUAAGGCUGAAGUCCCAAGCCUGUAGCUUCAUAUAGGUUAGAGAAAUAUCAAUGGAGCUUUUUAGUGCUGCUUUACCACGGCCGACUUUUAAAUCCCUACUAUGUUUUACACAAAUAAUUAGUAUGAUAAAUUAAGAAUUUUUUGUAAACUGCUUUACCAAUAUUGUUUAAGUUCAAUAUUUUUUCUGGUUACAUUUAUUUUCUAAAGCUUAUCUGCUAUUUAGGCGACAGAAAGCUUUAGAGUAUCUGACAUAUCUUUAUCAUAGCAUUAAUUUACUACAACGGCAAUUCAGUAAAACUUUUUGUAGCCACCUUAUAUAACUGUUAAUGGCCAUUUAUGUUUGAUGAUUAUCUCAGUGAAUCUUUUUGAAUGGAAAUACAUACCAAUGUGAAUUAGCUAUGAGUAUCCUGAUGUUGACCAUCCGUGAGUGAAAGAGAAAAUGGACUAAGAAGGUUUUUCAGCCUGCCAUUAUAGACAAUAAUGAGCCUUUUUUUUUUGGCAAUGGAAGAUUAUGUAUAUUUAGUAGUAAGUAUUAUAUAUGUAUACUGUAUAUCAGGAAUGUGCAAUGAAAAAAUGGCAAGCUCUUGGACUGCAAGAAAUGCAACUUGAAUUAUUUCUGACAAAUAAAUACUGUCUCUUUAGCAAUUAAAUGUUUAUUUUUGUUAGGUUUAUUUGCUCUUAAAAGAACCUCAUCUCUGUAAACUAACACAUUUAUUUUGCACAAUUCAUUUGGCGCAAAUCAAGCAUGUCAUCCAAGACAGUUAUUGCUGUUUUUGUAUCUUAUAGAGCCAGCUGUAGCCGACUGCAUCCAGCGGCCUGUUGAUCUCAUCUUCAUGCUGGAUGGCUCAGAGCGCAUGGGUCAGGAGAAUUUCCGCUAUGCACGUGAGUUUGUGGAGAAAGUCGCUAACCGCCUGAACCUCGCCCAGGGAGACAGCGAUGAACGCAGUGCCAGGGUGGCUCUUAUGCAGUAUGGUGAUGAAAACCAACAUCAGUUGGCCUUCAAACUCACCAGCAACUUCACUGUCAUUUCUGAUGGUGUGGCUAACUUGAGGUACCUGGAUUCUACUUCCAAUGUGGCAAGCGGUAUUAUCUACGCCGUCAACAACAUUGUCACGAGCAGAGGCACAAGAUUGGCUAGACGAAAUGCUGAGCUGGCGUUCAUCUUCAUUACUGAUGGGGUCACCAGCACAAAGAACCUGGAGGAAGGCCUUAGCGCGAUGCGCAGAGUAGAGGGUGUUCCCACAGUGAUUGCCUUGGGCAGCGACCUUGGCAAGGAGACCCUAGAGAAGCUUUCAAUGGGAGAUGAGACGGCCAUUUUCAGGGGUCAGGAUUUUGAUAGUCUGAACAAACCCAGCUUUUUUGACCGAUUUAUUCGGUGGAUCUGUUGAGGGGUUGGUGGGUUUUUCAGUAACGAAAAGGGGGGGGGGGUGAAUGGGUUCAGCACAGUGGUUAGAGUAGAACUGAUGCAUUUUUUAUUACACUAAAUCUAUGCAAUUUAUGCACUUAUAUUGUGGUAAAAAAAGAUAAAAAUUGUUUGUUAUACAGAGUUAGGAUUGCUUAGGAUAACCAUUGGAUUAAACUCAAUGAUUUCACCGGUGGAGAUGGGUUUUGGGUACAGGAAAACACUGCAGUAAACCAAGAGGCCAAGUUAUUAGUCACACUCCAAAGAAUAUGUUACUGAAAGUGUUUUUUUGACAAAGUAAAUGUAUUUUUUUCUGUAUUUUUUAUUCUGAAAGACAUCUAGUUGAUUUUUUUAUUUUUAUUCAUAUACACAAGGUGCUAAACCAGAGUAAGACUGGAGUUUUUCUUGCAUAUCAUUACCAGAUACACAAUAGUAAAAAGUGCACUAAUUCAGGGGUACAAGAAUUUGAAAAAGCACACAGGCCACAUUCAUUCUGUAUUUUUUAAGAUAAAAUUGUCUAAAAACAUUGUUUCAUUUAAAUUACCAUUGACUUAAAAAGGGCCUGCAGUAGCUAAAAUAAAUCUAUGCCACCUCCCACAGCACAUUUACUCUUGAGCAAACACAUGCUUAGAAAUCCAGUGUUUCAGAUUUAACAUUUACUUACAGUGAAAUAUAGACCCUUCUUCACACCUACACUUUAAUGUACAAGACAAUUAUUAGUACCACAAUCAGUCUCUUAAUUUGAACAUUUGAAUAUUUGAUAUGCUGUUAGACACUUGAAUGAUGAUUUCCAUUGUUGCUGUCAAAAUAAAUUUUAGUACAAUAAAACAAGCUGUGGUAACACAA